UUUGUAACAAACAUUUUAUUUUAUCAGUACACAAAAAAAGUAAAAACAAUUAUGAACUUAAUGAUAAUGUCCAAAAAUUUCAAUUUUAAGCUGAUGUAAGCCUUUGUAAGAUGUUGCUUGUCUGAACAGCAUAAGUUCGUUAAUCAAAUAGAAAUCCAGCACCAAACUAGCAAUUGAAAUUCAAUCAGAAGCUGGCGUGACUCUGUCAAAGUGCUGGUCUUAAUUUGAGUCUUAACUUGAGUCCAGCACCAUGCCAGAGUCACGCCAGUUUGGUUCCCAGAUUUCUAUUCAAUUUACCGACUUGUGGUGUUCAAUUUUUACAUUAAAUCCUUCAUUAGCUGAAGAUGAUUUGGAAUAUGGAUUGUGUCCAAAAGAUUUAAUAUCUUAUUAUAAUGUUGAGCAAACAGUUCGACCUCAUACUGAAAUUUGUUACAUGAGAAAAGAUCUCUUUGAUGGAAUAAAAUACUUAAAAUCAUUGUGCAUAAUACGUGGAUUAUAUACAUAUGAAGAAUUGAGAAAAAUCUGUGCUGACAAUAACAUGAAUGCAUUCAUAAUUGAUGAUGCAAUUGUGGAAACACAUUUCUUUGAUGCAACAACUUAUUUACUAAGAGCCUAUCGUGGUGGUGUCGUGUGGAUAAAUGGAAAAAGAAGUGAUGAUCAAUGGAAUGUUUUUAAUUUGGAUCAGACUAUUGCAGGUCCACUUUUUGAAGAUAUCAGUUGGGCUAAUAAAUAUACAAGUGGAGAUUGUCUUAAGUUCUCAUCAAUUCAUGGACCAUACCAAGCUUUACCUGCUUCAUGUAAUGAUCGACAUUGGGGUGUCUGUGAACAUCACAAAAGGACAGAAUAUCCAACGGAUCUUGAUGUGUCUCAUUGCCGUAACAAAAAAGCAUUAUAUGUUGAUGGACAAUAUAUCAAGUCAAUGUGCAUCAUUGAAACUGGCGACACUUAUGAUGAAGCAAGACAAAGAUGUGCAAGACAUGGAAUGAACCUAUUCAUUAUUGAUAGUGCUGAACUUGAACUAGUUUUCCAUCAGUCAACAACUCAAUUUUUGUCUCCUUAUCCAAAUGGUGCUGUAUGGAUUAAUGGAAUGAGAGAUGAAGACUCUCAUCAAUGGAUGGUCUACAAUCAAAAUCGAAAACCUAAAGGAACUCUCUUUGAUGGACUCGACUGGAUAGCAAAUGGAGAAAAGAGUGGAAAUUGUCUUACUUAUGCUGGAAAAAAUGGACUUUACAAGUCUAUGGGAUAUCCAUGCGAUACACGACACUGGGUUGUUUGUGAAUAUGAUGAUUAAAUUUGUAUUAAUAAAGAUUAAAUUGUAUAAAAUUUAAGGAUCUUGAU